CCCCCCCCUAACUGCGUUACGUAAUAAAAGAACGCUCCCUCUGCACAUGUGUUCCGCGUGCCGCCGCAAAUAAGCAGUGCGUUUGGAAGAAGAGUUGAAAAUUUUCCGUGACUCCCCGUGUGUGAACCGUGUGACAAUGUCGGCCAAUUCGGUGCUGCUGGAUUUCUCCCUGGACCCAACCCGGAUCAGCGAUGAGGUGUCCCGGAAGGACAUUGUCAAGUUGUGCAAGGAACACCUGGAGAAGUACCUGGACUCGCUCAAGAUCACCUACGAUAUGCUGACCGAGGACGGUUACCUGUGCGUGCUGAGUUCCGGACCGAUCAUCACGACGAUCCGGUUCUUCAACCAGGGCCUAAUUACCAUCAACAUCGAGUACUACCGGGCCGAGUGCGAGGCGCCCAAAAUUUCCUUCGAACAAAUAAAAUCGCUUGAAACUAACUUGCGCCUUAAGCUGGAGGCGAAACGUUCCAAGCACCUUCCACCGAUAAAAAGAGGCAGUAACGUUGAUGUUUACCUAACGAGCUCAGACGAACGCGUCAUUGAGUACGACAUUGAUAAGGUGCUGUACGACAAGCGGUCCGACUUCCAGAAGAUCCAGAUUGUCCACUCCAAGAGUCUGGGCAACAUGCUCGUGCUGGAUGAGUUGCAAAAUAUUGCGGAGGCCGAUCUGAUCUACACCGAAACGUUGAUGCGUCGCGGCAUAGAGAACUACAAGGGCAAGGAGAUUUGCAUCCUUGGCGGUGGCGACGGAGCCCUUCUCUACGAGCUGCUCAAGGAGGAACCCAAGCACGUGGUCAUGCUGGAGAUCGACGAGCUGGUCAUGCAGGCCUGCAACAAGUACAUGAACUCGAUCUGCGGCGACGUGCUGGAGAGACGCAAGGCCGACGACUUUGAGAUCAUCGUGGGCGACUGCAUGGUCUACCUGAACAAGUACAUGAAGGAGGGUCGCCAGUUUGACUACGUUUUCGGCGAUCUGACCGACAUUCCGAUCUCGGACACCCCGACGGGGGAGAUUUGGGACUUUAUUCGGACCAUUCUGGAGGCGUCGUUCAAGGUGCUCAAGCCGGACGGACGGUUCAUGACUCACGGCAACGGCGUCAGCUGCCCGGAAUCGCUCCAAAUGUACGAGGAACAGCUCGGCAAGCUAACGCCGGCGGUCACCUACACCAAGUGUACCGCCUUCGUUCCGUCCUUCAUGGAGGAGUGGGUAUUCUAUCAAGUGCAGCGCGGAAGUGGAGCCGCUGCCAGCGUUUGACUUCGUCACGACGAUAAACAAAUUGUUGCCCCGCAGAUCGCCGACGUAGAACCGAUGCGCUGCUGGUGCUGCACGUGGCCAGCAGCCGCCGUAGCCAAGAUACUUUCCCUUCUUCCAAUCUCGAUGUUGACAGCACUUUUAAAUGAUCACAUUUUUCUAUCUGGCACCAAACAACUGCUCAAAAUUCAAAGUCGCAUGCACGUUUUAUAGUAGGAAAUUAACCACGGCACCGCUACUUUACCCAAAAGCCAUCGAUUAGUUAGUUUGCAAAAUUUGUUUUCCCAGUUCCUUUUGUUAUGAUUGUUUCCCCUCGAAACCACUACCUCGUGAAGCAACUAUUCGGAUACUUUUUUAAAAGAAAUUAUUUCACAUCAGCCGCAACUAAGCACAACAACUAGUUUUAGUUACAGACCAACAACAGCUCAGCUUAAACCAUCAAAUAGUUCCUUUAGUUUAUGUUUUUAUGGUUUCACAUAUUAACAAUCACUUCAAUACAUCCACGCGUGAUGUACUUAAGUCAGGCCAGUCACAGUGAAUUUCAGAAGUAUUCUCAGUUGGGAUAUUAAAGUUCUGUGUCGCGCGUCCGUUUAGCACAAAAGACAGCAAUUUUAGUGUGUACAAGCUAGGAAAAAAGAAAAGAAGUUACUACUAACAGCUCGUGUCCCGUGGUGUUUUAGAGCUGGUUUAUCUCUAAUACUUAAAUAAAAUACAAUUUUCAACCCAUCCUAAC